GGGGUGUGUGGGUGGGAAUGUUUGUGCACACAAUACCCACACCUAUCUGGAUAUUUAAUUUGCCAAAACCAUUUUGGAUUCAGAGUUAUCUGGUGUAAAAGCAGCAUCUGUAGAUGCAUCGUCUACAUCGCCUGAGGUUUGUACCGUAAGUGUGGAUAUCUGCAUAUUGUGGGCAUUGUAAACAUUUUAUUGGGUUAUCUGGGAUUCAUCAAAACCGCGACAAUAUUUUACGGGAUCCCAUUAGGUUCAAGUUAUCAGUGUGUGAAGAUGUCCAAAAUUGACCGUCUUAAUGCCCGAGUGGGAGAGCUGCUGUCUCGAGCUGUGCAGGAGGUUCUGGAAGCGGUGAAGGAGACGGUUUCAGAGUACCAGGAGAAAACUGCCAAUACCCUGCGAGAGAACCAGAGUCUGAAGAGGAGAUUGCAAGAGCUCCAGGAUACAGUAAAACUGGAAAACAAUGGAUUAGUGGCACACUUUUCCCCUGCAGCCCAGGAGUCUGAUGAAGAGCCUCAUCUCAUGCAUCAGAAACAGAAAGAAGAGCUGGUAGAGGACACUGAAUUCAUCCCCUGUGAGAAGGACAUGACAGUAAUGUGUCCAUCAUAUCCAUUUGAGGACCUUGACUGCGAAGCAUCCAUCGCAUCAUUGGCCAGCCCCUGUCUUUCCCCUAGAGCUACAACAGGACUGCAUCUAAGUGGUGAUAACAUGAGCAAUCUAAGAACUCUUAAAACGGAGUCUGACAAUGGACUGUCAGUGCCAUUUUCAAACCACGUAGACCCUGUCACUGCAGUCACACUCUCUAAAAAUGAUCAUAAAAUGAAAGUAGAGCCAACAUCUGACGAAGACGCCAUGCACACCACAAAGUAUUCAUGUGAUAAUGCCGGUACGAGUUCUACAUCCUUACAGAAACUAAACCUAGAACAUCCUCAAGCCAGUUCAGGAUUGUGCGAUGUCUUCAAUCUGGACCAAAAUGGCAUAGAAGACCCGCUAUCUCAAAGAUGCAACAAGACAAACAGCGUUGGAGCAGAAAAACAACACUCCAUUCAAACAAACCCAAAAGAAAGAGGUUCGGGCUCAAAAGCGCUCCAGAGAAACGUUCGAAAACACUACUGCUGCUCGCUCUGUGGUCGCACCUUCAGACACGCAGGUGACUACAAGAAACACAGCAGGGUGCACACGGGGGAGAAACCGUACUGCUGCUCGGUGUGCGGGAAGAGGUUCAGUCAGUCGGGCUACCUCACAGUGCAUCUGCGCUACCAUACAGGAGAGAAGCCGUUUGGCUGCAGUCACUGUGGCAAAAGUUUUAGUCACUCGAGUAACAUGAAGAAACACCAGCAAACUCAUCUGUGAGACUGCUGUUUUACACACAUUGUUUCUAUACAUUUCAUGGUAAAGAUGUUUAGGGUUGAACAGUGGAAAAGUCUGUCUGUUUGUGAGCUACAAAUGGAAAUAAUAAGUUAUCAUCUAUGAGCCUUUAUAUGGAGGUCAGCUGAGCGUGUUGCAGUCUUAUUUAGAAAAUGAUGUUGCUUCAAGAGAGGAAAAGUGGUGCCUUCUUUAAUGGAAACACAAAGCUUAUUAUUGUGCACACGUUGUCUUUCAGAUAAUAAUUCCCGUGGUUCUGCCAUUCUGCUGUUUUGUCAGAUGUUUAGAGAUUCGUUUAAUGUGUCGUUGCAGAGGUUCUUGUGGGGUCCAAAUAAAUGGUGCUUCUUUAUGUGUAUUUUAAUGCUUUGUAUUUCCAAUAAGAUUGCUUUAGCUCAGCAAUGCGCUAAGCAAAUUGUUGCCUGCUGCAUGAAACUUCACACACUGAACUAAAUGUCCCAGUAUGAUUUUGAAGUUGACCUGUCACAGGACAGAUUAGUUAUCAGUGAUGAGAUGUAUUUCAUUCUGGUGAGAGAUACCAGGUAGUGUAAUUAAUAAUAAAUUCUGCCGCUAGAGAAUUCAUUUCAGCAUGGAUAGUGUAUGAAUCAUAACUCAACGAUUUCUGACUCUUUACGGAGGCUUGGUGUAUAUACGUCCCUUACAACCUACAACUUAAAAGUGUAAGCAUUACAAGAUUUUAGAAGUUUUACAAGGUGAGUAACAUUGCAGCACCUCAUUGCAUUCCGUCUCAGAGGGGAUGACAAAACAUACUUCUCAACCAUCAUUUCGCAAUUACAAAAUUUCCCUUUCCUUCCCAGUCGGUUGUGAUAUGUUUGAGCGUGAUACUUGGUUUAAAGAAGUGCCUGCUUAAACAGAUAAUUCACAUCACACCACAUAGAUUUCUUAGAUACUUUCAGGGGCGAGCUACAGGACACACUCCUACAAGACUGAGAUACAACAGGUUUGACAAAAUUUCUGGAGGCGAAGUUGUCAUAAUGCUGUCUAUCAAGUGUGUGGUUGUUGGAGACAGUGGAGUUGGAAAGACCUACCUACUCUCCACCUACAUCAAAAAGGUUUUCCCUAAGGAGUACAUACCAUGUUUCUUCGACACAUACACUACCCAGGUUCAUGUUGACAGCCAAACUGUCAGCCUGACUCUGCAGGACACUGCUGGCAGAGAGGAAUAUGACCGUAUUCGCACCCUCUGUUACGGUCAGGUCAGUGUCAUCAUCAUCUGCUUCUCCAUUGCUAACCCAACAUCCUAUGAUAAUGUCAAGCGCAAAUGGCAUCCAGAAGUGAAACACUAUUGCCCUAAUGUGCCCAUCCUCCUUUUGGGAACUAAGAGUGACCUACGAGAUGAUCAGGGGGUCCUGGAGAAACUGAGAGAGUCGAAUCAGACCACAAUCACCCAGCAGCAAGGAACAAUGAUGGCAAAGCAAAUAAAAGCUGUUAAAUAUCUUGAGUGUGCGUCGAUCAACCUGGAUAGACUGGACGAGGUGUUUGAUGAGGCUGUACGUGCUUUUCUCAGACAUUCAUCUACCACCAAUAAACCCUGUGUGCUCUUGUAAUUUGAGGUUGCAUAUAAAUAAUUUGGAUGUGGCAAAGAUGAUCUUUGUAUGUGCAUUUCUUUACAUUUCUGUAUAUCUUUGUGGCUUAAUGUGAUUGUAAAUGGGAGUAGCACUGUGCCUCCUCUUUAUUUUAUUUGUCAAAACAUUAAUAUUGGUUGGUUGUACGUUUAUUACUUGUUAAACCUUUAUUCUGAAAAACUACAUCACAGAGGACGUGAUUCAGUUCCGCUUCCGGGGGUUUCGAGUUGUUAUGUUACGUUCUGAUUUGUGCUUUUUAAUAUAUUAGUUUUUUUUUUCAUUUAUUUAUUUUUAAGUCAGAUUAGUUGGAAAUUAAUUAAAAAAACAAACGUCUUGCUAACACCAUAACCGCACUGUGAGUUUGUCGGAAGUUUAAAGGUACGGAGUUAGCUAAUGUUGCUAACGUUAUCUAUCCACAUUACAAAAUAUCCACUAACUUCAGUUUGCAGGUAGAGCAGUGCUUAACGGGCUUAUAUGGGGACUGACACUAAUUCAAGUGUUGUCAUAAAACACGUGUUAUAAAUAUACUUGCUUUGCAGCUGAUAUCAUAUGAUUAUAAACAGGUAACAGAACACUUACUGUAGCGUGGAAAUGCUGACCUGACACGGAAAUUUAGUAAACAUUUCACUGUGAUGGCAGUUGACUUGUCUGAGUGAAGAUGACUGUGCCACCAAAAUAUCAGACCAGACUAUGUAUGUAAUGGGUUUAAAAGGCUCAGG